CAUCGCGCGCUUGGGUUUCUUUCCGGAGCAUGGUAUUUUGGCGCUUUCUAUCAGCGCUUAGUCGACCGAGUCGGGCAAGUUCAUUGCGCCUUCCAGCGUUACGAAUUCCUGUAUCCCUCGAUCCAAUCCUCCCGGGUGAUACAACAGACUUACACCCUUUCCAAACCAAAUGCAUGACUCAGAUGCGUCCCAUUUUACGGCCUGCCACCAGGCACACACGAAGACCUCAGCGCCCAUUUGUCUGUUGCAGCGAGAACCCCAUUGCCCUGGAUGGGAAACAUAAGCGAGGGACCACUAAUAUGGUUUGAUGGCAGAACAGAGUCCACUGGCUCCAUGUACGCGGUACCCGCUGGUUAAUUGCGAAUCUAAAUUAUUUUCCGGUCCAGCAAGGAUGGGAUUCGACUUGACCGGAU